GCGCGGACGGCCGCGGCGCGGGGCAGGGCAGCGCAGCGCGGAGCCGGCCCGCCGGGCGGCGAAGUUUGCCGAACAUGGCGGAGGAGCCCGAGGCGCGCAGGAGCGCGGCGGCGCGGCGGCUGGCGCCCCAGGAGUUGUAGCCGCCGCCGCCGCUGGGCGAGGUCGCCGCCAUGGCCCGCUGGAUCCCGACCAAGCGGCAGAAGUACGGGGUUGCGAUCUAUAACUACAAUGCCUCUCAAGAUGUGGAGCUCUCCCUGCAGAUCGGAGACACGGUUCACAUCCUGGAGAUGCAUGAGGGUUGGUUCCGAGGAUAUACCCUCCAAAAUAAAUCUAAGAAGGGUAUUUUCCCUGAAACGUAUAUCCAUUUGAAAGAGGCAACUGUGGAAGACCGAGGGCAGAACGAGACGGUGAUCCCCGGGGAGCUCCCGCUGGUGCAGGAGCUCACGUCCACGCUGCGAGAAUGGGCCGUCAUCUGGCGCAAGCUCUACGUGGACAACAAGGUCACACUCUUCCGCCAGCUGCAGCAGAUGACGUACAGCCUGAUCGAAUGGCGGUCCCAAAUCCUGUCUGGAACACUCCCCAAGGACGAACUGGCAGAGCUCAAGAAGAAGGUCACAGCCAAAAUCGAUCAUGGCAACAGAAUGCUUGGUUUAGAUCUGGUCGUGCGGGACGACAACGGAAACAUCUUGGACCCAGAGGAGACCAGCACGAUAGCCCUCUUCAAGGCCCACGAAGUGGCCUCGAAAAGGAUUGAGGAGAGGAUUCAAGAAGAAAAGUCAGCCCGGCAGAACCUGGACUUGCGGGGACAGACCAUCUUCAGUGCCACCCAUACCUACGGCCUCUACGUCAACUUCAAGAACUUUGUCUGCAACAUCGGGGAAGACGCGGAGCUGUUCAUGGCCCUCUAUGACCCGGACCAGUCCAUUUUCAUCAGUGAGAACUACCUAAUUCGUUGGGGCAGUAAUGGGAUGCCCAAGGAAAUCGAGAAGCUGAAUAACCUUCAGGCGGUCUUCACCGACCUCAGCAGCACAGACCUCAUCCGGCCCCGCAUCAGCCUCGUGUGCCAGAUUGUCCGGGUGGGCCACAUGGAGCUGAAGGAGGGCAAAAAGCACACCUGUGGGCUCCGCAGGCCCUUCGGAGUUGCAGUGAUGGAUAUUACUGAUAUCGUGCACGGGAAGGUGGACGAUGAAGAAAAGCAGCAUUUUAUUCCCUGUCAGCAAAUUGCCAUGGAAACCUAUAUCCGGCAGAGGCAGCUAAUCAUGUCGCCCCUGAUAACAUCCCACGUGAUUGCGGAAAAUGAGCCACUCACUUCGGUCUUGAAUAAAGUGAUAGCAGCGAAGGAAGUGAACCACAAAGGACAAGGACUUUGGGUAUCCUUGAAGCUGUUGCCAGGCGACCUCACACAAGUUCAGAAGAAUUUUUCACACUUGGUGGAUAGAUCAACAGCAAUUGCCCGAAAAAUGGGCUUUCCUGAAAUAAUACUUCCAGGAGAUGUCCGCAAUGACAUUUACAUCACCCUGAUUCAUGGGGAGUUUGACAAAGGGAAAAAGAAGACGCCCAAGAACGUGGAGGUGACCAUGUCUGUGUGCGACGAGGAGGGCAACACAGUGGAGAAAGCAAUUCAUCCUGGAGCGGGAUACGAAGGCAUUUCAGAGUACAAGUCAGUCGUCUAUUACCAAGUCAAACAGCCCUGUUGGUAUGAGACCGUCAAGGUGUCCAUUGCCAUAGAAGAGGUUGCUCACUGCCACGUGAGGUUCACCUUCCGGCACCGAUCGUCUCAGGAAUCCAGAGAUAAGUCGGAGCGAGCCUUUGGGGUGGCCUUUGUGAGGCUGAUGAACCCGGACGGCACCACCCUGAAGGACGGGAGGCACGACCUGGUCAUUUAUAAGGGAGAGAACAAGAAAAUGGAAGAUGCCAAGUACUACCUGACCCUGCCUGGCACCAAGGUGGAGCUGGAAGAAAAGGAGCUCCAAGCAUCCAGGACCCUGGCUGGCUUCGCCCCGGCCAAGGACAGCACCAGAGACAGCUUUCAGGUUGCCACGGUCAUCUGCUCCACCAAGCUCACCCAGAACGUUGACCUGUUAGGCUUGUUAAAUUGGCGUUCGAACUCCCAGAACAUUCAGCACAACUUAAUGAAGUUAAAGGACGUGGAAGGAGCAGAGAUUGUUAAGUUUUUGCAAGAUACACUAGAUGCACUUUUUAACAUAAUGAUGGAAAUGUCAGACAAUGAAACAUACGACUUUCUUGUGUUUGAUGCACUGGUAUUUAUUAUUUCAGUGAUAGGAGACAUCAAGUUCCAGCAUUUCAACCCUGUCCUGGAAACCUACAUUUACAAGCACUUCAGUGCCACUUUGGCAUACGUGAAACUCUCCAAGGUACUGAACUUUUAUGUGGCUAAUGCAGAGGACUCCAGCAAGACGAAGUUGCUGUUUCUUGCUUUGAAAGCCUUAAAGUACUUGUUUAGAUUCAUCGUCCAAUCCAGAGUGCUCUACCUGAGAUUUUAUGGCCAAAGUGAAGAUGGAGAUGAAUUUAAUAACUCAAUCCGCCAGUUAUUCUUCUCUUUCAACACACUAAUGGACAGGUCUCUGGAGGAAGCAGUCAAGAUCAAGGGUGCAGCUUUGAAGUACCUUCCGAGCAUAAUUAAUGACGUCAAACUUGUGUUUGAUCCUGUUGAGCUCAGUGUGCUCUUCUGCAAGUUCAUUCAGAGCAUUCCCGACAACCAGUUAGUUCGCCAGAAGCUUAACUGCAUGUCCAAGAUAGUAGAGAGCAAUCUGUUUCGGCAAUCGGAGUGCAGGGACGUGCUCCUGCCCCUGCUGAUAGACCAGCUCAGCGGCCAGUUGGACGACAACUCCACCAAGCCAGACCACGAGGCAAGCUCGCAGCUGCUAAGUGACAUCCUGGAAGUGCUGGACAGGAAAGACGUGGGCCCCACCGUGCCCCACAUACAGCUGAUCAUGCAGCGGCUGCUGAGGAGGAUCAAUCGGACCGUCAUCGGGAUGAGCCGACAGUCUCCCCACAUUGGCAGUUUUGUGGCGUGCAUGAUCGCCAUCCUGCGACAGAUGGACGACAGCCACUACAGCCACUACAUCAGCACUUUCAAGACCAAACAAGACAUCACUGACUUCCUCAUGGAAACUUUUAUCAUGUUUAAAGAUCUGAUUGGAAAGAAUGUCUACGCGAAAGACUGGAUGGUCAUGAACAUGACUCAGAGCAGGGUGUUCCUGCGUGCCAUCAAUCAGUUCGCUGAGGUGCUCACGCGGUGCUUCAUGGAUCAGGCGAGCUUCGAGCUUCAGCUCUGGAACAAUUACUUCCAUUUGGCAGUCGCAUUUCUCACCCACGAGUCCCUUCAGCUUGAAACCUUCUCUGAAGCCAAGCGCACCAAAAUUGUAAAAAAAUAUGGGGACAUGAGGAAGGAACUCGGCUUUCGGAUCCGCGACAUGUGGUACAACCUGGGUCCCCACAAAAUCAAAUUCAUCCCUUCCAUGGUGGGCCCCAUUCUAGAGGUCACUUUGACCCCUGAAGCGGAGCUCCGGAAAGCCACCAUCCCCAUUUUCUUUGAUAUGAUGCAGUGUGAGUUCAAUUUCAGUGGAAACGGCGAUUUCCAUAUGUUUGAGAAUGAGCUGAUCACAAAGCUGGACCAGGAGGUGGAAGGCGGCAGAGGAGACGAACAGUACAAGGUCCUUCUGGAAAAGCUGCUCCUGGAACACUGCCGGAAGCACAAGUACCUCUCCAGCUCCGGGGAAGUCUUCGCGCUCCUGGUCAGCAGCCUCUUGGAGAACCUCCUGGACUACAGAACCAUCGUCAUGCACGACGAGAGCAAGGAGAACCGCAUGAGCUGCACCGUGAACGUGCUGAAUUUCUAUAAGGAAAAGAAGAGAGAGGACAUAUACAUAAGGUACUUGUACAAGCUGCGGGAUUUGCACCGUGACUGUGAGAACUACACCGAGGCCGCCUGCACACUGCUCCUGCACGCAGAGCUUCUGCAGUGGUCUGACAAGCCCUGUGUGCCCCAUCUGCUUCAGAGGGACAGCUACUAUGUUUAUUCCCAGCAAGAGCUGAAAGAGAAGCUGUAUCAGGAAAUCAUAUCCUAUUUUGACAAAGGCAAAAUGUGGGAGAAGGCAAUCAAGCUGAGCAAAGAGUUGGCCGAGACCUACGAGAGCAAAGUGUUCGACUACGAGGGCCUUGGCAGUCUCCUGAAAAAAAGAGCCUCGUUUUAUGAGAACAUCAUGAAGGCCAUGCGGCCUCAGCCUGAAUACUUCGCCGUGGGAUACUACGGACAGGGCUUUCCUUCUUUCCUGCGGAACAAAAUCUUCAUCUACCGGGGAAAGGAGUAUGAGAGGCGAGAAGACUUCAGCUUGAGGUUGCUGACCCAGUUCCCCAAUGCUGAGAAGAUGACCAGCACCACCCCCCCGGGAGACGAAAUCAAGUGCUCCCCAAAGCAGUACAUGCAGUGUUUCACCGUCAAGCCCGUGAUGAACCUGCCGCGCAGCUACAAGGAUAAACCAGUUCCGGAGCAGAUCUUGAACUACUACAGAGCCAACGAAGUGCAGCAGUUCCAAUAUUCCCGGCCAUUCCGGAAAGGAGAAAAGGAUCCAGACAAUGAAUUUGCUACCAUGUGGAUUGAAAGGACCACGUAUACGACCGCGUACACCUUCCCGGGGAUCCUCAAGUGGUUUGAAGUCAAGCAGAUUUCAACAGAGGAGAUCAGCCCCCUGGAGAACGCCAUCGAAACCAUGGAGCUCACCAACGAGAAGAUCAGCAACUGCGUGCAGCAGCACACCUGGGACCGGACGCUCUCCGUGCACCCGCUCUCCAUGCUGCUCAGCGGCAUUGUGGACCCGGCCGUCAUGGGCGGUUACUCCAACUACGAAAAGGCUUUUUUCACAGAGAAGUACUUGCAGGAGCAUCCUGAAGACCAGGAGAAGAUUGAGCUGCUGAAGAGACUGAUCGCGUUACAGAUGCCCCUGCUGACGGAGGGGAUCCGCAUCCACGGGGAGAAGCUGACAGAGCAGCUCAAGCCGCUGCACGACCGCCUGUCCUCUUGCUUCCGGGAGCUCAAGGAGAAAGUGGAGAGGCUCUACGGGGUUAUCAUGCUGCCCUCCGCCCUGACCGAGAGGAAGCAGAGCCGCACGGGGUCCAUUGUGCUGCCCUACAUCAUGUCAUCCACGCUGCGGAGGCUGUCCAUCACCUCGGUGACGUCCUCUGUGGUCUCCACCUCUUCUAACUCAUCUGACACCGCUUCUUCCAGGCCCGGAUCAGACGGGUCGAUCCUGGAGCCCCUUCUGGAGCGCAGGGCCUCGGCGGGUGCCAGAGUCGAAGAUCUGCCCCUCAAGGAGGACAGCGAGAACCGGAUCGGCAAGUUCAAGAGAAAAGAGCGGAGCCUGAGCAAGUCCCAGGUCAUUGCAGAGAAAGCGCCAGAACCUGAGCCGAUGAGCCCGGCCAGAAAAGCACAAAGGCCAAAAAGUCUUCAGCUGUUGGACAGUCGGCUAACACCGUUUCAUGGUUCUUCCACUCCUCCAUCAACGCCCCUGAGCCCGCCUCCACUGACUCCUAAAGCUACCAGGACGCUAAGCUCCCCAUCUUUGCAGACGGAUGGGCUGACGACAGCCACUGUGCCACCUCCCCCGCCCCCCAAAAGCAAGCCCUACGAGAGCCGGGAGAGGAACUCCGAGGAGGUCGCCCCCCCACUGCCUGUGCGAAGAGAGGCCAAAGUCCCGCCCCCGCCCCCUCCCAAAGCUCGGAAAUCUGGCCUCCACCCUUCGGAGCCUGGGUCCCAGUGAGGAUCUCGCCCGUCGGAACCUCAGCGUGCCGUGCCGGACCUGGCUUCCAGGGGGCAGGCUCCUCCCCGCCAGCGCCCCUGCGGACCACCUUGCCUGCCCUGGGAGGAGGUCCCCGCCUUCUGAAGGAUCAAUGCCUGAGGCCCGCACCGUCUUUAAUCCACCGGGAUUCCAGAACAGAGCCCGCCGCCUCCUGUGCGUUUCUCAAAGAGAGCGCCCCGGCCUUUGCUUGGUGUCAGGCUACGGCGCAGGGCUACAUGGUGACCUGAGAAGCCAGGGCAGUUUGUCUGGGCGGUGGCUGUGGGGCAGCCACAGCGGCCCCGUCCUCGGACGGAUUUCUUGCUUUGCUCCUGAAAAGCCGUGCUUGAGGCUCGCCUUUCUCACGUGGACCUCUGUGAUCUCAACUAACAUUGGGAGAGACCGAUAUCAAGUCCUUUGGUAACUGAAGUUAUCGUAACUUUCUAAUGCCUACUGGGUCUUCUUUGAGAAAAAGAACACCUUUUCCAUGAAGACUGGCUGCUUUCCAGUACGCGUGGCUGUCGUGAUUGAUAGACCGCGGACCCCGGAGAGCCCCGAGCUCCUGUUCCCCCGCCACCGGCACCCGCUUGUGUAAGGGGGACGCUGGCUGGGCCCCUCCCGGGGCCCCUCGCACCCCCCACCAGCGGCCCUCCCUGCGCGGCACUUGCUCCUUCCUCCUGUGGACUCCUUAGAAACCCUUUCUUUCGUAAACACAGCGCCUUGUCCCGAUACCUCUUCUGAACUCAAAUCACUGGAUAGAAAGGACUUAGAAGACCGGGUUCAACAGUUUCCAGUUUCCCUUCCAGCCCCCACGUGGACGGCUCAGCAGUCCCAGCUGCAGCCUGGUUUCACC